UUCUCAGCGCCACACAACAACAAAAGGACCAGGACGGGCCGGUGGCGGCGACCUGGGACGGCGAACCGAGGGCUGGAGCCGGUCCCGCGCCCCCUGUCCCGGGACCCGAAGCGAGGCGCAGCCCGGCCUGCCGCAGCUACCUCAGGGGCCCCGCGCCGCGCCGGUCCCCGCCGCGCCGGCGACCGCUUCCUGGACGCUCAUCCCUGCCGAGGCUCGGCCCACAGUAGUCUCCCAAUUCCAGCUGAGUGUCUAUUUGCAACUCUUAAGGACUUGAGCAUCUUCCCUCCCUUAAAUAGCCCUUCCUGAAGUAAAGUAGCUUUGAGAAAAAGGAAGUGUGACGUUUUCAUUGAAGAGACAAGUACCCAAAGAUCCUGAAUUCGAGUGCAUGGGAUGACUGUUCUUGCAUCUCACAGUGAAUAACUACCCUGUGCACUUUAAUCUCCUGUCCAUGCCAUCAGGUCAACUGACAGGAUUUUGAAAUCUCAGCUAUAAAGAUAUCCAGCCAAAGUCUCAGUCUUGCCUUAACAAUGUUCCAGAGACUGAACAAAAUGUUUGUGGGUGAUGUCAAUACUUCUUCCAACCAAGAACCAGAAUUCAGUGAGAAAGAAGAUGAUGAGUGGAUUCUUGUUGACUUCAUAGACACUUGCACUGACUUCUCAGCAGAGGAAGAGGAGGAAGAAGACAUAAGUGAAGCAUCCCCUACAGAAGAUCAUUCUUCAGUCUUCUCCUGUUUACCUGCAUCUCUGGAAUGCUUGGCUGAUACGAGUGAUUCCUGCUUCCUCCAGUUUGAGUCCUGUCCAAUGGAGGAGAGCUGGUUUAUCACCCCUCCCCCAUGUUUUACUGCAGGUGGAUUAACCACUAUCAAGGUGGAAACGAGUCCUAUGGAAAACCUUCUCAUUGAACAUCCCAGCAUGUCUGUCUAUGCUGUGCAUAACUCCUGCCCUGGUCUCAGUGAGGCCAGCUGUGGGACUGAUGAAUUUCAGAACACAAGUAGUCCCAGAGUAGAAACCCAAAGUGAAAUGGGGCAGCACCUUCACUGCUAUGUUACAGCUCUUGCUGCUCAUGCAACUUUUCUAGAACAACCCAAGAGCUUUCGCCCUUCCCAGUGGAUAAAAGAACAUAGUGAAAGACAGUCUCUAAACAGAAAUAGCCUUCGUCGCCAAAAUCUUACCAGGGAUUGCUACUCUCGGCAAGUCAAGCACAAUGGCUGGGUGGUUCAUCAGCCCUGCCCACGUCAGUACAAUUACUAAGGAUUUCAAGUUUUGCUAGUUGGUUUCAUUUCGUUUGUGCAUAUAUUUGUGACUGUAUGUGUAUGUACAAUGAAAAUGCUGUCUUUUAACAGCCAGUUGAUGACCAAUCACAUAGUUUGUCAGUGUGUUAUACACUAUCUUAAAAAUCAGAUUUCUACACUGUGUAUCACAUAAUGCCUUGCUCCUAACAUUUACUUCUUUGUAGAUUUUUUGCAGAAUAUUUUUGGAAACAUAUCAGUACAGUUGCAGUGUUUGGGGAUGUCUUUAACUCUAUUAAGGUGUACAUGAGUUAAUCAGAAUAUUCAAGACAUAUCUUCCCCAAGUACAAGACUAGGCAUCUUUCAGUUUCACUUUAUUUUGUAUUACUUAAUCAAUCUUUUGAGUAAGCAAAAAUUUAUUCUCAGGGUCAGCCAUACACUUUAUUGACCAGUACUUGAUAAUCUUUUCUGUAUAUAACGAGUACAUUUUUACACACUAACAUGAGCAUUAACAGGUGAUAGUUGCCAUUGGAUAUAAUGGAAUUAUGGCUGGACUUGCCUUUGAAAUAAAACUUGAUAUAUUUUUGUA